AUGGCUCGUGUAAUUACUAAUAAUAAUGGUAAUACAUCUUUACAAACUACAACACCAUUUAUGGAUCGAUUAUCACAUGCAGUUAUUAAGGAAACAUCAAAAAGUUUAAGACAUUAUAUUGAUAUUAAACGUCGUGAAAAUGGUUUUAUUCUAAACCCCAAUUCUUCAGUAUCGAAUUCCAUACCGCUUAAAGCAAGAUUUAUGUAUGGAACAGCAAAAGAAUAUCCUCCACUUUAUGGUUCUAUUCAUUCAGAUAAUGAUCUUAAAGUUUAUUUGCGUAGUUUUCAAAGACAACAAAAAAAACUUCAUUCAUCAUCAAGUGGUCCUGAAAAACAAUUAUGUCGUGAUGAACUUAAUUUUCAUAUGCGUACAUACAAAUAUUCACCAAGAGAAAAUCAACAAUUUGCUGAACUUCAUUUAAGACCAACGAUACGAUCAAGUUCAUCAUGCAGUGGAGCAACAAGUCUUGAAUUUCAAAAACGAACAUCAAAAUCUGCAUCAAAAUUAUUUCGUCAUGAACAAGAUCAAUUAAUUGAUAAUACAGCAAAUAUUCUUGCAUCAAUGAUUAAAACACGUCGAUCAAUCUAUGAAAAAUAUUUAUUAUCACAACAAACACCAGCAGUUUAUGAAUCACGAAAUACAAACCCUUCUCCACGUCCAUUAGAUGAUCAAUCUAAUAUACAAACAGUUCCACUAAAUUUAACUAAUUCAUCAUCAAAUGUAAGACGACUUUCAACAACUAUUCAACAACGUAAAAAAUCAAAACGUAGAACUGCAAAUGUUCAUGCAAAAGCAGCAUUUAUUAUUCAUAAAGCAGAACUAAUUAAACAUGGUAUUCUAUGUGAUUAUAAAGUAUCAGUUACAACAGGAAAUUGUAAUGGUGCUUCAACAAAUGCACCUAUUAGUAUAAAACUUUAUGGAACAAAUGGAUAUGCAGGUUCUGUUGAACUUGUCGAUUCUGAAACACAUCGUGUACCAUUUUUAAAAGAUCAAAUUGAUGUAUUUACUAUUCAAACAUAUCAUGUUGGAGAAUUAGCUGGAAUUACAAUUGGACAUAAUCAAAAAGAAACGCGAUCAAGUUGGUUUUUAAGUAAAGUAUCUGUUGAUGAUCCAAUACGUAAUAUAACUUAUAAUAUUUCGUGCAAUGCUUGGUUAUCGAGUAAAUCCAAUGAUCACAAGACGAUGCGUGAUUUUGUAGUGGACUCAAUGGUAUCACAUAAAAAACAUAUUGAUAUCAAUGAACAUCAAAAAGAAAUAGACAAUCUAUCGAAUUAUUCUACAACAACAACAACAACAACAACAACUGAAGAUACAAUAAGAUCUAAUAUUACAAGUCCAAAUCAAAAUGAUCAAUUAAUAGAUCAUAAACAGACUAAAAAACAUAGAAAACAAAAACGUCUAUCCAUUGAUCGAACGACAGUUGCUAAAACACGAACAUCACUAACUGAAAUUACAAAUCAUCAUUCUCAACCGCAAACAACAACAGCAACAAUUGAUUCAGAUUUUAAUCGAGAUGAUCUUAGUUCUCCACCUGUACGAGAACGUCGAAAUCGUUCACCAAUUCUUUCUCGAACACCAGCUACAAAUAGUGAUAAUGAAGAUAAUCCUGUUAAUCAUAGUCGUUCAACAACUCCAACAUCAUCAUCAUCAGUACCUGAUCAAUCGCAUAGGCAAUCUAAUUUUGAUCGUAAUACAACACAAAGAACAAAUGAAACAACCAAUGAUACACUUAAACAUCAUUCAACAGAUCAUGAUCGACCACCAGCCCGACUGGAAAAACGUAAUCCAUCAUUAUCUGUAUCACCCGAACGACCAAUUAAAAGUAACGAACAAACAAAUGAAAACGAUGUAUCGGACUUUUUCGACUAA